AGGUGAAAGUAUAUUCGGUACUAAUUACAGCCCCGCUAUGAGAUUUUAUCACGACUUGACAGUCCUCUUCUACAAGAGCCAAAUUAUUAUUUGUUGAACAUCUAUCAUGCAGAAGCAGAACCCUCGAAUUGAAAUUUCACGACUUUUAUCUUAUCUUCUACUGUCUUAACACGAAAAAGAAUGGAGCUAUCAGUCUCUCACAUUGCUGGUCGAACGACAGGCCUCGAAGUGGCCUCCUCGGCAACGAGUUCCGGAAGCAUCAGCAGAAGUACUAACAGUAACAAUGCGAUUGCGAUCCCCCAUUGGCUUAUGGCUUCCCCUAGAAUCCACCUCUUCGAUAGAGAUGAUCCCUCAAGAAUCCACAUCUUCUUGGGGGAUCUUCUUUUGGGAUCCCUACAGGGAUGAACUGGGGACGCCAGCUUUAAUUGCCGCAGUUAUUUGGACAGUCAAGUGGACGCGCAGGCAGAGCACUUAACUGCCCAAAAAGCCUUCUGGCGCAUGAUGGUGACGCACAGGGCGCUCGCAGCUGCGGGACCGCUCAACGCCACGGGGAGGAAUUUAUGGAAAUAUUGACGUUCAGAAUUUCAUAUAUCACAAGCUAGUAGUUAUUUCCUGUAUGAUCAUUCCUCGAUUGAUGACUCCUGGAUUAUGUCUGUAAGCGUAAGAACCGCAGCAGGCUGCAAUGACUAGAAAUAGAUUUUUAAUUAAUUACAUUUUGGAUUACAAUGCGAAAGGGAAAGCACCUAUGAGUAUUCUACUUCUGUUCCAGCCCAUUUCUUAAAUGCGGUCGAUAUGAUGUGCUUGUGUUUCCCUUCUUUUAUACGACCAACCAUGAUACAGGUACCCUUCUUGCUUAUUCUUUUACCUCUUUCAUACGAUGCAGCAAUGCCGCGAGUUAUCGGAGGACGAAAUAGUGUGGAAGGCAGUCUCGAUGCUGCUGGCCAGGAGAGAGAGGAAGCGUUUUCAGCGCUGGACAGCUUCGAAGCAGCAAGUCCGCGAAGUGUUGUUGUUAGGUUAAGCAGAGUGCUGUUGUUUUGUGAAGACGAAGAGGAGUUCGAAGGGUGUUAGAUAAAAUAUAUGAAUACCUAUGUUGUUAAUCCAACAUACGUUUACGCAUAUCGGAUUGUAGUUGUCUGUACUAAUGCAUAUUACCCGCGCUGACUGCGGAUAAAGCUUUGUUCGUUUUCUCCGAUUCAUACUACUAAGGUUGUAAUCCCCCUCGUCCCUAUCGUCUUUCAUAUGCAACACAGCUCGGAGCACGAUUGCGAAUUUGAUUAAAACAGUAGACGCUCUGCAGGCGGAGAAGCACCAUAUGCAAGAGUUGCAUUUCGAAACGGAGGAACGAGCGCGAGUCUUGGAGCAUGAUCUACAUGAACAUUUGGAGAAGAACUACGCGAUGUCGGAAGAUUAAGGCUGCUUCUACAGAUUCAUCUUAUAACACCAGAGUAGUUUAAUUAUAGCACGGAUCAUCCGGGAUGUAGGAUGGACUUGGAUGGAUCGGAUGGACCCCCCUGAUUCUUCCGAUCCUACUUGAAAUGGUGGGAAGUCCAUCCGUUCCAUCCGAUCCAUCCCAUCCCGGAUCUGGCACCCCUAUAAAUUACUCUAUUAUAAAUGUGACUCAUUUUUUUAUAGCAGAGCAGGCAUUUUCAGGACAUUCUCAAAAGGACCCUUCCUCGUGUCUUUCUCUUUUCAUCUUAAGAAGGGAAAGACAGAGUGCGUUUUUUCAUGUCCCCGGAAAAACUCGUAUUUUUCUAACAAACCCUGUCCCAGAAGAAACGAGCGUUGGACAACCUAACGAAGCGCGCGCAUGCUCUUACAAAAGAGAAUAAUUCGUACUAGAUUAGAGAACUUCUAAACGAUACUAGAUUUAGAUUACUACACUUCUUAUAGUACCACUAUUCUAUCACGGCUGAUCUUUUUGAGUAUUCCCACAUACAGAAAGUACGCACCGACCUGUGUUCAUUGAUGCUAAGCGUGAUUGUGACCUGCGUUAAGCUGAAGAAUUCUAGGACGUCGCCUGAUUCUACUUCGCACUAUUACAGCCUGCGGGAGAAACUGGAGUCGAGCAGCAAACUGCUUGGCGCAUCAUCUUAUGUGUACACGUGAUAAUCUCAAUUCUGUCAGACACUGUGUUAUAAAAAAUCGUUCUCUAUGUUGUACAACUAUGUGCAAACAUCUAUUGAAAAUGGAUUUUUCUAGGUAAUUCGUUCUCCUAAAAGAUCAGACAUUUCUAUAUGAAAAUAACAUCUUUCCGAACAAGGAUAAAAAUCGAGGCCCAUGCUCUAAAACUGAUGAAAGUAUCAUCUUGAAACGCUUAUCUUUUAUAAUUCUGUUCGCAUCUCUAACUUUCUGUGGGUACAGGCAAAGAGCUCAUAGAGGCACGCACGAAAGAAGUGAGAGAUCUGGCGAAUAUCGAGAAAGCCUGGAAAUCAGAACUUUCAUCUACGAACAAGGCACUAGCAACAACUUCCCCAAGCGCAAAGACAGAGGACAAGGAUGCUAGUAAAAAUCUUGUCGACCACGUGUCACCGAGCAAGAAUGUUAAUGAGACCAAUGCACCAGCAGCAGUUCUUGGUACCUCCACUGCUGGUACAAAAACUACAGCAAGCGCUGAAGAUUAUACGCUACGAGAACGAGGAAUUGAAGGUUCUUCGCACCUUCAGUCCUCUUCUUCUUUGUCUCCGAAACCAGUGCGAGAGCAGGAGAAGCCACUAACGAGUAGUCAUCCAGGCUCUCCUGAGCAGACGAGAAAGGAACCUCAACUUUUAAGGAUAUCAUCAUACGUAUAGUUUGGAGUUGUAGGUGUGGAUGAAGUAUGGCAUGACGAUGACCUUUCACUCGCUGUAUAAUACUGAGGAACACAACUACAGCGAACUAGAGAUGAAUUCAUUUAUUCAAAAAAUAUAUCAAUCAAACAACAUUAUUGCAAACAAUUUCCUUCAGCAAGCAUUUACUUCUAAGAUCACCAGUCGUCGAGGCUCCUGUUGUGGUGCCUUCUGUUGUCCCAAAACGAAUAAAGCGGCAAAAGCGGCUCUGCGAAGAAGACAUCCUUUCCAUGUGCUGUGGUGUCAGGAGUCACAAUGACCACAUUGCUAUGACGAGUUUCGAUGUGGUGUCAGUCUAACUCAAUAUAUCAGUAACCCAAUAUUCAUAGCAGCUCUAUCCCUCUGUUGUUGGAAUCUACUUGGACUGGGACUCGCUUUUCUCGACGUGGUACCGUAUCUGAAUAUGAAUUUGUCUUUCCUCAAAUACGCCUGCUAUGAUAUGAACCACAUCAUGACCUCAUUAUACAUCAAUAUGACAGAGUAGUUUAUAGCACGCAUGGUGCAUGGACGAGUAGCAUGGAGUGCAUGGAGCGCAGAGCUUUAAGGGGCGCAAGAAGCUCCCCCUUUAGCUCCAUGCUACUCCAUGCGAUCCAUGCACUCCAUGCCGUGCGAGCUGUGAAACCUUAUGAGCAUACACCUAGAAGCUAGUAGCAGAACGUGAAAGAUUUCUAAGCAUCCCUCGUCUCCGAUGUCGCCAACAUCCGGAAUCAAAGAGGACGUUUUGCCGGACGUGCUUCUCGUGAUGGGAACCGCUUUAGGACGUCUCAUUUUUCUCGAUGCUGAAUCCGGUCGCGUGCAAAAUGACAUCACAGCGGAUGUUGGCGGUGAUCAGUUCAUAUUAAAGUUAUGUCGGGCGGCUGGGUGGUAAGUUUAUACCUACUAUUUCUAAGCUAGUUAGUACUAGUAGCAGCUCGAGCCCCUGUUUUUUCUGUUGAGGUUAUAAGGUAACAUUGAUGUUGGGGGACUUCUAUGCAUUUCCAUCUAGUGCAUGUCGUCGAGGAUCUUAAAGAGAUAAAUGGAUUUCUUCCCGGCUAAUAAAGGGUCAGCCAAUACAUGCAGUGGCGCUGUCUGCAAAUCGCGAAAGAGUGCUGUGCGGAAUGGAUAACCAGCUUGCCAUCUUGCGUCUCGGAAGCACGGGAGAUCCAUGUUCCUCUGCAUGUCCAACAGUAGUUGCGAUAUUAGAGGACUUUGUUACGUUGACAGACCUGCUUGGCCCUUCCAGUCGAGUGCAAAACUUGGGUUUUCUUGUGACCGGAGGAGAACGGAAUGAAGAAUUAGUAGGUCCGAGGAUAGCUCCAUCGGCCUAUUGUGCGUAUGCUUUGGUUCAACAACAAGGCGAGCUAGUACCUUCCGGAAAUGAAGAAGAAGGACCCCUACGCCUACGAACAGGAACUUCUUCGCGACUUGUAGUAGUCGUCGAGAAAGAGAGCGGCAAUGAUGUUGAUGUGAAGACUCCUGUGGUGCAUACCAGAACAUUGGAGCUAUGGCCUAAGAAGGGGGUGAACCUGAACAGUACUGCAGCUCCUGCACGACAAGGUGAAGGUAUUACUACCACUAACGCCUAUGCAACGCAAGCGAUCGUUGUUUCACGCACGAACGGCACGUCUAAUUCCAAAGUCCUUGCUCUUGGCUACAGCGACGGUUCCGUCGGAUUUCUACACGAUUUAGAACAGAACAUCACGACCAGCAAGAUGCAAGACCAAGGUUCGUCUCUCGAAGUGGAAUUAGUAUGGAAGCCAGAUGAUAAUUCUUCGAGUGAAAAAAGCGCUCCUAUACUGGCACUUGCUGUACUAAAUACUGGUUGUAGUAAAAGUAGCCAUCAAAGCCAACCUCCUGCUCCUCCUAGUCCUGCAGGAGGUAGUACGCAACAUACGCAAGAACAUUUUGCCACUGUAGAUGGCAACGACGUCGUCCGGGUCUUUCGAUUGGCCGAGCACGGUCUUCAAUUGCUAUGGUGGUUUCGGAAUCCGCAUUUCAGCGCAAGCAGGAACACUUCCAGCACUCCACUCCUCUUUUCUGGAUGUGGUUGUUUUCUCUUGUGUGGCACCGCAGAUGGUUUGUUCUGUUGGGAGGUGGGGAGUGGGAAAGUGGUCAGUGCCAUAACGAAAAUGAAACAUCCUGCACUCCUCGCAGUCGAUUGGCACCUUUCGACCGUGGUAAGCUGUCAUGAAACUGGCUUGUUGCGCUUGUGGGAUGGGGCGGCGGCUCAAACGAGUGGGUGAGGGUCGUGAACAAUGGGAAGGUGACCUUCGCUUCUCGGGAUUCUCUUGACUCUCGUGAUUUUUCGCUUCAUCUCGUGUGCUGGCUUUUCUUCACUCGUCUAAAUGUUGACAAAAAACCGAACACUGAUCAAUAUCCUCAAUGAAGCUGACCUGAUAUCUU